UAAAAAAAGAAAGAGAGAGAAGAGAAGAACACAUUGCAUAACUUUGACCCCAAACCACACUCCUAAAUUCAACGAUCUAUGCCUGAAGUCAAAUCAAAUCUUGCAUCUCAUCAUCAUCAGCAUUCAAUUCCAAACCCAGAUUAGAUGCAACAACAAACAAUCCUAACUCUCAUUCUCCCACCAAAAUUAACAUAAUUAAAAAAAAUAACACACUUAAAAGCAGUGAGAUUGAUUAGUUAUCUUUUGAAGCCAUGUCUACUCCAAACUCAGCAUCUGCCACAACAACAACAAAGAAAACCAAGAACAACAACCCACUUUCAAUUGUGACAGAACCCAUCAAAUGGGUGAGAAUGCUGUCGACGCAGCUGAACCCAACCUUCAUCCUCGGCGUGUUCUUGAUCUACGGUCUCGGCCAAGGCUUCUCCGGCGGGUUCUUCAAGGUCGUCUCCGAUUACUACUGGAAGGACGUGCAGAAGCUUCAACCCUCAACCGUUCAGCUCUACGUUGGCGUUUACUUCAUCCCUUGGGUUCUCAAACCUUUAUGGGGCAUCCUCACCGACGCUUUUCCGGUAUUCGGCUACCGCCGGCGACCCUACUUCGUCAUCUCCGGCGCCAUCGGCACCGUCUCCGCCGCGCUCGUCGCUCUCCACGGGAACCUCUCCGCCUCCGCCGCCUUGCUCUGCUUCGUCGGCGUCUCGGCUUCGCUCGCCAUCGCUGACGUCACCAUCGACGCGUGCAUCGCAAGGAACAGCAUCGAGGUGCGGUCGCUGGCGCCGGAUUUGCAGAGCCUAUGCGGGUUUUGUUCCUCUGCGGGUGCUCUCGUUGGGUACCUCGCUAGUGGUUUCUUCGUUCAUCGUCUUGGUCCCCAGGUGUCGCUGGGUCUUAUGGCACUUUCUCCUGCUUUGACAUUUGUGCUUGGUUUUGUGAUUUAUGAAAACAAAACCCAUAAUGAAAGGAAGCAGGCGGUUAUGGAGAAAGUAGGAAUGACAAUUAGAAGCAUGUACCAAACAAUGAAGUAUCCUCAAGUGUGGAAGCCUUCUCUAUACAUGUUCCUAGCCUUGGCUCUUAGUGUAACCACUCAUGAAGGCCAUUUUUACUGGUAUACAGAUCCAAAAGUUGGUCCUGCAUUCUCUCAGGAAUUUGUUGGAUGGAUCUAUGCAAUUGGGGCAGCGGCUUCAAUAAUAGGGGUUGUGAUCUACCACAAGGCUCUAAAAGACUACCCAUUUAGAAAGCUAGUAUUCUAUGCACAACUCCUAUAUGCCACAUCUGGUGUGCUGGAUCUAAUCUUCGUCCUACGUUGGAAUUUGAUCAUUGGGAUUCCUGAUUACUUCUUUGUUGUCAUUGAAGAAAGUUCUACAAGAAUCACAAGCAAAAUCAGAUGGAUGCCCAUGAUGGUACUGAGUACCCAGCUAUGUCCCUUAGGCAUUGAGGGCACGUUUUUUGCACUGUUAUUGUGCAUUGAUAGCAUUGGGGCCCUCUUAUCCAGAUGGGGUGGAGGGUUGCUUCUUCGUCUGCUCCAUGUCACUAGGACUGAUUUUACAAACCUAUGGUUGGCUAUUCUUAUAAGAGACAUGUUUAGAUUUUCUACACUUGCUUUAGUUUUUCUUGUCCCUAACACAGGUCAAUAUGAGGGUUUACUUCCUUCUGAGGUUUCGGAAAAGAAUGCCAUUGAUAACGGGGAUGAAGAGACCUUGGAACUUGUCCCCAUCAAUGACAAAACUGAAGUUUAGAUAGAUUUGUUGCAAUUAUAUA